AUGGAUGAAGAACCACAGCAUCAUGAUCAAAAACUACAGACCCCUCUCUUAGGAGAUUUAAAACCCACCACGGUGGGUUUUCUAUGGUGGCGCCGCCAGAUUGCAGCUGGUACGGUACCCUUCACAUUUCAGAACAACUUUAUAAAGGACGGCAUUGGCCGGACAUUUAGAAGCACAGCCAAUUUAUCCAAUCUCCUCCCUACAGGAACAGUUCUUGCAUUCCAACUUCUAUCACCCAUCUUCACUAACAAAGGUGUCUGUGACAUCAACAGCCGGCGGCGGUCCAUGACGGCUGGCCUUUUGACCACUUUUGCUCUCUCAUGCUUUCUAUCAUCCUUUACUGAUAGCUUCAGAGAUGAGAAUGGGAAAGUCCGUCAUGGGAUUGCAACCUUUCGGGGAUUGUGGGUCAUUGAUGGAUCAGAUAGUAUUUCUCCAGAGGAAGCUUCAGAAUUUCGGAUCAAGUUUGUUGAUUUCUUGCAUGCUUUCAUGUCAGUACUGGUUUUUGGUGCUGUGGCAUUGCUUGAUCAGAAUGUGGUGAGUUGUUUCUACCCAUCACCAUCAGAAAAGAUGAAGGAACUACUCACAGCAAUGCCAGUUGGGAUCGGAAUCAUUGGGAGUAUGUGUUUUGUCACUUUCCCUACUACUCGUCAUGGAAUUGGCUUUCCCCUCUCUCAUCGCUAG